GCACCAUCAACCAUCAAAUGAUUCCUCAAGACCACAAACUACAACCUCAGGCGCCUAGCAUUUACACCUUAUACUUAUGAGCCUCCAGCUUAAUAAUGCUAUGGAUUAACAUAUAAACCACUUUUCCGACAUGGCAGCACACGCUUCGCAAAUAUGCCACCCCCGUUGCCUAUCCCGUCGAAGGCUGCGAUCCACGCCCUCCGAGGGAUUGCCCUGGGUACCUCAUGCGCAAUCGGUGUUAUAGUCGAAGAUCGAAGGCGGCGAAUCAGCACCUUGAAGACCGCCGUAUCGAAUAAGGAGAAACUGAAGUCGGUUAAAAGAUAUCAUCAUGGCAUGGCAGUUCCAUCUCCGGUACAGUUCGACGAAGCAACUUUCAUAGACGGGGAUCAAUUCCAAUGGCAUCAAGUGGAAGAUGAUAUAGCCAGGACAGACGAUGGUCCUCGGCCCAGACCCCGUCCUCGACAACAUUCAUCCGAGGAUGGUUCUCCAGAAGCAAAGCCUUCAGCACCUUUGAAAUCAGGAGACAUCUUGGAAUCUUCGUCGAUAACCACUACACAAACCGAAACAUCACCCCCCAAACUCUUACAACAUGGCGCAGUCCACCCUUUAGAUAGCGCCCCACGACUAGCAGGGUUCCCAGAAAUGGAAUUCGAUGCUCAUAAGACUUGGGGAAUAUAUCAACCUACGAGUCCUACGAGUCCUACGCCGAUUAUUAAAUCUCGUUUAAAUAAGCGCGCCCAAGCAGUCGCAAACAUAACCAGUAUUCUGGGUAGUAAAGAUGAAGAAAGAUUAGAUCGAGCUCUUAAGAAAUUCUCCGAGGCAUGCCUUUCAUGUUAUUCUCAACACUUGGACGAGGAAUGGAUUGCUCUUUCUAUUCGACUUUCUAAAGAUUGUCAUGCAAAAGGCCGCUUAGAAGACGCGGCUAAGCUCCUCAUUUCACUAACCAGCGCCGGCCCCCUCGAGGAGUCCCAAUACUACGCCCAUCAGCCUAUACUUCUAAUAAAUCAUUACUUACGCCAGGCAGAUGAGAAUGGGCACCUUCCCGAGGAAGCCAUAUCUGCGGCGACUCGCAUCUUCCUAGCGGAAUUUAAAGAAAAACCCCAAGUGCAUUUUGAGGAAUUGGAUGAUUUUGGAAAGCAUCUGAUGGCCCAAAAUCUCAUAUCGGGUGAAUUUCGCGCCGCCCAUAACAUUUACUGGAGAGUAAUCGGUGUUGCUAAAGAUGCAGCCGAAUUUAUAGGGUGGGCUAUAGAAAAGCUUCACGAACACCGUGACCACAAGAGUGUACUCAAAUACUUCUUAUUGAAUUACUCAAAGACGAGUCCCGAUAUCAGGUCCUACCACGCAACGGUCGAUUGUGCCGUCUCCUCCGUCGAGGCUCUGAAGGGUUUGAAAGCUGAGCACGUAAUCGACGCUAUCUAUCGGAUGGGUUGCCCAGACGAAGAUUUUAUACAAACUCGCUGGGUCAUGAAAUUGCUACAAGCACAUUGGGAUCGGAACCAGGAUUUUCCAACAUUGAAGGCGCUCUUUGACGGGAUGUUGUCUCUGGGGCUGCUAGACAAAGUCACACAUCCGCAGGGAGUUUACCGUACAAUCGUUGAAUUGUCGAUCAAGGCUGAAGAGUACGAUUUAGCAAGGUCAUACUACGAAGAGCUUCUUGGGAAGUAUCCCGAGAUGGCCUCAGACGUUGCCUUGAGAGGUCAUAUGACUUUGCCAAUGGCCAAAGCUGGAGACUGGGACGGCGUGUUCAAUGCUUUCGUCGAGAUGCAAGCUCUAAAAGAUGGGCAAGAAACCCGAUAUGACAACGCCUUCGUCUCAAUCUUGAAAAUAUUUUCGGAGAGUCAUCCAGCUGCCGAGGUCCGCGAACUAGUAUCGAAGUAUACCAGCGUUCUAGGGGUACGCAUGCAUCGGUAUCUUGUCACGAUAGUAGCAAAUAAAUACGGCCAAUGCCGCGACGCGGAAGGCUUCGUGUCGUGGCUACGAUACUGCGGCGAAGUUGGAUUCGCUUUGGAUUCAAGUUUCUGUAAUUCACUCCUUCAUAACUGCCGGACUAAAUGGGCUAUGCCCUACCACGAACUACGAGCCCUUUGUUCCGAAUUCAAAAAGAUCGAUGCGUCCCUCGUCGACAACACGACGCAACGUAUCUUGAGUCAAGCAGCGCUAAGGGCCGGCAAAACCGCCAGGGAUGGUGGAGUCAACCGAGCAUUGUACCCAUCUCAUAUUGCAGUGGAUAAGUUCGCAUACGCUGGGAAGACAGCCGAUAGGCGAGACAUCUACGAAGCAAUGAAUCAAGAAAUAAGCAAUAACAAGCCGGCAACGGCAGUUUCGAUCUACCAGCGUGCCAUAAAAUUUGGGAUGCCCCCUUGUCCGCACUGCCUUCGCCUAGCUAUAUUAGCGACGCUGAAGAGCAGCAAUAAUGCCUCUGCUUCUGCGAUGAAGUUGAUUCAUUUUGCACACAGACGCGGUGAAGAUGUGACCUCAGCAGUGUCGGUAUUCAUCAAAUAUCAGCUCGAUAACCUUCAGGCGGGGUCAGCGGAGGUUCUGCUUCACAUGCGGAAUCUGAUUACUCAAUUCGAAGCACUACAUAUCAUUAUCGCUCCAGACGUGCUCACCCACAUGGCCAUGUUCUGCGUCAAGUUAGGCCACUACGAAAAGGCGGUUUCGCUAUGCAACCUGGCAGUGGACAAGAGCGGGACUGGGAAUCAAUGCUUCUCAAGGCAGUGCUUCAGGGUAUUACUUAUGUCCUACCCGAAGCUACUGGAUUUGAAAGGGAUAGAGCGACUGAUCGAGGAUUUACUCAAAAGCGAGUAUGACGCGGACGGAGCUGUAUAUCUGUAUCUGAAGGCGACUACGAGACUGAUCAAGAAAAUGGACCCCGAUCCCACCGUCGAUGCUAUAGUAAAUGUUCUAGAGCAUGCUAAGGAGGAGAUGGCGAGACGGCGGGGAGAGACCAGGGAGGGGGGUCGGUAUAUCGCCAAAGAGGUUCUUAAAAUCAUGAACGAAGCGUUAGCAGAUAUGCUGGCGUCAGAAAGUGGCAAGGAUCUGGAAAGGCAGCAGUGGCAGUAAGCCUUACGAUAAGGUAGGCGGUCCUUUAGAGUAGCCACCGUGUGGUGUUGCGUAUUAUUUGUAUAUAUCCCGCUAUACAUCCCCGGGUAGCUACCUGGUUAUUGGUUGUACAGGAUAUCAUUGAUACAUAUACAUAUAUAUUAUAUAGGUAUUGUCUAUUUGCCGUGUGGUGUUGCGUAUCAUCUGUAUAUAUUCCCGGGCAACUACCUUAGGUAGUUAUUUGUUAUACAGGAUAUCUUUGCAACAU